GGGAGAGUCAUCGGCACACACGAGGGCUCGCGCUGAGUGCUGAGUCGGAUCUCUCUCUCUUUCUCUGGUGUCGCCGUGAGAAACCGGCGCUAUUUUAUUACAAGAAAAAAAGGCAACAUUUACACGUUAUAAAGAGGGAAGUUUUAAAAAAUAUUUUAAAGAGGUGACAAAAACAACGCGUUAGUGGGUGGUUACACAGCUAAGCUAACUGCGUAGUCUUCACCACAGUAUAGUAAAUAUAAAGAUCAGCGAUGGACCCCAGAGACACUGCCCCUGAUUCGUGGGAACAGGAGGACGAUGGCGAGGCCCCGGCCGACGUGCAACUUCAGACCGCCUUUACUGCCCUCAAUGUGAACGCCAAGCCGUUCGUCCCCAACGUUAACGCCGCCGAAUUUGUUCCGGCCUUCCUUCAGAGAGGGCCUUCGGAAAAUCCCGACUCUGACGGCACUGACACGGUCGUCAGCAUGGAGGUAUCAGAACCCAUUGCGCCAGUGGAGAACGGCGAGGCGGAGAUGACCACAGAGGAGACGUGGGAACAGAAGGGCGGGGAGCCCGAUGAGGCGGAGCCCGGAGGCGGGCCCGGGGGCGACGGGAGCCCCGCCGAAGACUCACAGCAGGAGAUCAUGGAAGAGGAGGAGGAGGUGCCAACGCCCAAAGUUGCCCCCGCCCCGCCAGAUGCCCCCAAGAAGGAGCACGUGAACGUGGUGUUCAUAGGGCACGUGGAUGCUGGCAAGUCAACAAUCGGGGGACAGAUCAUGUAUUUGACGGGGAUGGUGGAGAAGCGAACGCUGGAGAAAUACGAGAGAGAGGCUAAGGAGAAGAACAGAGAAACCUGGUACCUCUCCUGGGCUUUGGACACAAACCAGGAGGAGCGGGACAAGGGGAAGACUGUGGAAGUCGGCCGCGCUUACUUUGAAACCGAAAAAAAGCACUUUACCAUCCUGGACGCUCCCGGCCACAAAAGCUUUGUCCCCAACAUGAUUGGCGGCGCGUCGCAAGCUGACUUGGCAGUGCUGGUGAUCUCGGCCAGGAAAGGCGAGUUUGAAACGGGCUUCGAAAAGGGCGGCCAGACGCGGGAACAUGCCAUGCUGGCCAAAACGGCGGGAGUGAAGCACCUGAUUGUGCUGGUCAACAAGAUGGAUGACCCCACGGUCAACUGGAGCCUCGAGAGGUACGAGGAGUGUAAGGAGAAACUAGUGCCAUUUUUGAAGAAAGUCGGCUUUAACCCCAAAAAGGACAUUCAUUUCAUGCCCUGCUCUGGACUGACUGGAGCCAACCUGAAGGAGCCUGCAGAGCUGUGCUCUUGGUAUACAGGGUUGCCGUUCAUUCCUCACCUCGACAGUUUGCCAAACUUCAACAGAUCGAGCGACGGCCCGGUCAGAUUACCCAUCGUGGACAAAUACAAGGACAUGGGCACUGUGGUCCUGGGGAAGCUGGAGUCCGGGUCUAUCAGCAAAGCACAGCAGCUUGUCAUGAUGCCAAACAGGCACACAGUGGAGGUGCUGAGCCUGCUCUCGGAUGACGUGGAGACGGAGGACGCGGCGCCCGGGGAGAACCUGAAGCUCCGGCUCAAGGGCAUUGAGGAGGAGGAGAUCCUGCCCGGCUUCAUCCUCUGCAAUGCCGAGAAUCUCUGCCACUCUGGGCGCACCUUCGACGCCCAGAUCGUCAUCAUUGAGCACAAAUCAAUCAUCUGCCCGGGCUACAACGCAGUUCUACACAUCCACACCUGCAUUGAAGAGGUGCAAAUCACAGCCUUAAUCUGCCUGGUAGACAAAAAGACAGGCGAGAAGAGCAAGACGCGGCCUCGCUUCGUCAAGCAGGACCAGGUCUGCAUUGCCCGCCUACGGACUGCAGGAACCAUCUGCCUUGAGACCUUCAAAGACUUCCCCCAGAUGGGACGCUUCACCCUAAGGGAUGAAGGCAAGACCAUAGCCAUCGGCAAGGUGUUGAAGCUGGUGGCUGAGAGGGACUGAAAGGUCUACGGUGGGACAUCCUGGAUCAGCCUGUCAAGAUGGAGUUGGGAGGGGUGGGGGAGGUGGCAGCUGCCGCAAGCCCACAGUACACAGCUCCCCCUUUCUACGUGCUCCCCUUUCGCCUGACGAAGACCAGCUUAAAAAUAAGACACACUCUGAAAAAAGAAAUCCGUUUUUAAGCGAAUAAAAAAAGAGAGAAACAUGUCCACAUAUGUCAGCUUUCUCAUAUUGAGAGCUCAGCUAUACCAUUUGUUUGGGCCUUCAACCAUGACCAGAUUCGCCCAACCCCCACCUCCACCCCCCACCAAACUCGGUCAACAUGUAAGAUUAUAACGGAUUACUCUUCCAGCUUUUAUUUUUUUUUCUUGCUUCCUUCAGAGAGAGUGUGUGGCAGCAGUUACUUCUCACGGAUGUGGACCAGUAUUUUGCUUGGAAUACAAAUAUGAUUUUAAAGGAAAAGACAAACAGACAAAAAAAGUUGAGAAAUUAACCCAGUCGAAACCAAAAUCAUGUUAAUAUCUUGGUUGUACAUGUGUCCCUUUGCUUAAACCCAGAUUGGUUUCUCUACUCAAACACGACCGCGCGAUGUGCGCGAGCGUUCACUUGUUAUCAAAGC